GAGAAUUGUGGAGAGAAACACGUAGGGACACUUAGAGAGAGAAAAGUGAGAGGGAGAGAUGGAGAGAGAAGUGAGAGAGAGAGAGUGUGUGAGUAAGUGUAAGGCUCUUCUAAGUAUUGAAGUAGUAAAGUGUGCUAAGCUGCAUCAAGGGAAUUGGAGUGAGUGACAGGGGAAAACAUGCUGGAGGAACUCUGAGCCUGUUGAAAGGUGACUUGAGGGAGCUGCAUCAAGGGAAUUGGAGUGAGUGACAGGGGAAAACAUGCUGGAGGAACUCUGAGCCUGUUGAAAGGUGACUUGAGGGAGCUGCAUCAAGGGAAUUGGAGUGAGUGACAGGGGAAAACAUGCUGGAGGAACUCUGAACCUGUUGAAAGGUGACUUGAGGGAGCUGCAUCAAGGGAAUUGGAGUGAGUGACAGGGGAAAACAUGCUGGAGGAACUCUGAGCCUGUUGAAAGGUGACUUGAGGGAGCUGCAUCAAGGGAAUUGGAGUGAGUGAUAGGGGAAAACAUGCUGGAGGAACUCUGAGCCUGUUGAAAGGUGACUUGAGGGAGCUGCAUCAAGGGAAUUGGAGUGAGUGAUAGGGGAAAACAUGCUGGAGGAACUUUGAACCUGUUGAAGUAUCCAUAACUACUACUACUGCUACUACUAAUACUAUUGCUUCCAGAACAAGAAUAAUUCCAAGGAUACGACUACUACCACCACCACCACUACUAAUACUACUACUACUACUACUAACAUCUCCAUUAUUAAAAAGAAUUAUAUGAAGGAGGGAGGAGGAGGAGGAGGAGGAGGAGGAGAAGUGGAAGAGGAGGAGGAGGAAGACAAACCCAAGAUUGCCUCCAUAAGAAGACAGUUUGAAAAGAAGAAGGAAGAGGAGGAGGAGGAGGAGGAGGAGGAGGAGGAGGAGGAGGAGGAGGAAGAGGAGAAGAAGAAGAAGGAAGAGAAGAAGGAGAAAGAAAAGGCCCCCCCCUCUCCGUUCCCUACUCGAAGACCAACACUAACCCGCAGCUUCCGACGAGUUUGCAAAUUCCGACAUCUUAAGGGAACAGUUGGACACAAGAACACUUGCAUUGACAACCUCCGGGAUCUUUGCAGAACACUCCCAAAUGAAAGCGACGGUCUUGCUGCGAACGAAAAGUGGGUAGCAGUCGCUCUGAGUGGGGCUGGGGGACGUGUGGCAUGUCUAAACCACACCCAACCUGGCAGGCUUCUGGAGGGAGUCAUUCCAUCGUUCGUCAAUUCAAGUGGUGUGACGGACUUUACUUUUGAACCGUUCACCACUAACUUGCUGGCUGUGGCUUGUGAUGACGGCAAGAUUAACUUCUGGACUAUUCCUGAAAAUGGUCUGAAGGAGUCGACAAACACACCGACGGACACUCUGAUUGACCUCACCUCCUCUGAUAAGGUGACAGUGCUAAGAUUUCAUCCCACUGCCAAGGGUGUGCUGGCAGCCAUUGUUGCAGUUAAGAACGUGGUCAAGAUCUGGGACACCAAACUACCAAGAAUAACUAUAACUUUGCAGUCACACCCAGAUCAGAUAUUCAGUGGUGCGUGGUCCAUCUGUGGCAAAUAUUUCGCCACACUCUGCCGCGACGGACGAGUUAGGAGCUUUGAGCCACGGAAGUCCACCACAGCGCUCCUAACUGGCAGUAGCAGUGGUGGUGGUGGAAGUGGUCGUGGCGGGCGGCUGGUGUGGGCUGCCAAGGAUGAGCUGAUCAUAACUACUGGGUUCAAUAAAGUCUCGGAGCGUCAGAUCAGUGUGUACCGCAGUGUCGAUGGUCAAUUUCUGAACACUAUUGGUCUUGACGUCAGCCCGGCUUUGCUCUCUAUCUACUAUGACCAAGACACCUCUGUGCUACUAACUUCAGGAAAGGGGGAUAGCACUAUUUACGCCCAUGAAGUCGGCACAGAUGCUCCACACGUGUUUCCUCUCACACACCACAAAUGCUCCACUGUGCACCAGGGCCUGGUCACACUCCCCAAGAUUCUCUGCGAUGUUGCCAGCGUUGAGUUUCUGAAGAUGCUACGUCUAACCUCUUCAGUGUUGGAACCUCUCUCUUUCUCUGUUCCUCGGGUCAAGACAGAAUAUUUCCAAGAUGAUCUGUUUCCACCCACAAGAGUCGUUUGGGAGGCUGUGAUGACCUCGGCAGAGUGGUUUGGAGGCAGUAACAGGCCAUCCCACACUCUCUCCCUGCAGCCACACAACAUGCCUGCACGUAGGUAGUAGUGGUAGCAGUAG